UGACGUCACAUGCAGUCUGUAAUCUCAUCAUGGCGCGCUGAGUGCGCCUUGUGUCCUUUCUCACUUCAACUCUCCUUCUUCUGACUUUUGGCAAACAUUUAUGGAACUAAAUUCUGUAUCCGUUAGAACCACUAAUUCACUCACGUCUGCAUUUGAUGUGAGUCAUUUUGUUUGUCUUUGAAACAAUGACACACGGAAGUCGCCAACACAUCAUACAAGAAAUCAUGGAUAAUUUGGGAGAAAGUGUCCAAUGUGACCAGUUAGUUAACACGCUGGCUGACAAACAGAUCAUCUCGAGAGAUGACGUCACACGAAUAACCAACAUUGAGGACAAGGGCAAGAUGACAGAACUUGUUCAAGUUGUUCUGGAAAAGGGAGACGAACUGCAUCCUUUAGCUCUGAAAAUCCUAGAGGCGAUGAAGCAUCCCAACCAACAAAGCACAAGAGAGGACGGAUCAAGCAAUAGACGCAGUUACUAGUGGAUCACGUACUGUUGCUUCACCACCGUCAACUGAUAGGCGCGUUCUGUCUAACAGUGAUGUCUCAAAUAAUUGGCCUCUGAAGAAUUUUUUGGUUGAUAUUUCUAAAGAAAUGGGAGAUGAUGACUUGGAAUCGAUGAAGGAUAUCAUGGACGGUGAACCAGGUUUUCAGGGCUCUGCGAUGGAGAAGAUUACCACGCCAAUGAAACUAUUCAGACAGCUGAUGAACACUGGACGCAUCAAUGCAUAUAAUCUGCACUUCCUGCAAGCACUGGUCAGGAGGGUUGACCGCUUUGACCUGAAUUACAAAGUUCGACAGUUUUGUUUAGAAAGUCGCCACCAGCCGAUUCAUUUCUUCACACCUGAUGAACAACCAGAAAACGGAUACAAAUAUGUUAAACACCACAUUGAAGGUGGCAUUGACCAGCUGACACAUUCACAAGCAGAACGUCUCCGAGCAGAGGUUGCCGAUCUCUUGUGUGUACCAUCAACGUUUGUCUUCAUCAAGGGUAUCGAGCCUGCAGAUAGUCUCCUGUUCACGUUUAUGGUGAGGGAAAAAGACGUCAGCAGCUUCAUCGCUAUCUUCACGUCACCAGAGGUAUCACUGGUUCAUUUAUCUGUCCACGUGGAAAUACAGGAAACGGAAUUAUGCCUGUCAGAGAUCGCCCCAACUCAGGAAAAGGACCACAAACCGAUGUUCGACCAGUUGAAACGCCUGCUCGAGCGAGAGCAGAGCCUUCAGAAGCAGCUAGAAGAAAGAGAUGAGAUACUGAUAGUUCUUCAGGAUGAACUAGAUAGAAAGGAUGAGGAAACCUCAGUAGAUCAGGUCCUACGAGGUGACGAGGAGGAGGACAUGGAUAUACAUCAAUUACAUCAACAGUAUGAACUGUACAAAAACCUUUUUCUCAGGGUGAUGGAUGUACUGAAAACCAUGAAGCCAAAUGAUCACAAGAAGAGUGCCAAUGGCACAGUCGGAUCACUAAAAUCAUCCAGUGCAUCCAGUCUUUUCAGACAGCUAUUGUCCCAAGCGAAGCAACGCUGUGAUACAGAUUUAUUAAACAAACUGCUGGAUACAAAGACGAUACUUGACGACAUAUUGCACGAGGAGAGACUCAGGAAAAUGCAGGAUAUUAUCAUAAUGCUGUCAGAACGGGUGGAGGAACAGGCAGAAAUGAAUGCAAAUCUGAGGGCAUCCAGUAACAUAGCGGGUGCAUCGUCAACGUUCCUGCAAGACAUCUUGGCAAUUCAGGAACAGACAAGAAACCAUGCCAUCAAACAACACCAAGAAGAGGAUUAUACACUGGAAGUCAGUAGUAUGAUAGGACUGCAGGUGGUUGAAAGAAUAUACCCAGCUCAAGAGAUCGCCCCUGAACUUCAGUCCUUCCUAGCCAACAUGACUAAUACCGGCUUGACAGGCAAGGAGAGGAAUAGACUUAAGAAUUUUCUCUGCUUCUCGGAACCAGAAAAGAAACAACUGGCCAAGAACCCGGAGAAGCUUCUUGAGUUGGCAUUCCUGAGAGAACUCCGCAAGGGUAGAUUAGGAGAACCAAUGGACUCAAUUUUGGGGGACAUUUUGGCCAAGAUACGAAAAAGACAUCUCAUCAAGAACCUUGACCUACAGCCUGCAUUGGUAAAACGACCGUCAGCAGAGAAGAAGGGCAGCGGUGCCGUUAGAAGGACCCGUACACCUCAACGAUCAAGAAAGGAAAGCGAAUCCAGCAAAGUGUAACGAUGCUGAGAUAAAUGUCAACAGAAGCCCUCUUUCUUAGACACCAGUUGGAAGUUGCUCACAGAGGUAUAUGUCAUCAGAGUAAACUAAAUAGUAGAUUCCGAGAUAUUCAGAUCGGCGCAGCGUUACCUUCAAUUAAUAUCACUACUAAGCAAGAUGCGUUAAUUAUAGAGACAAAAUAUGAUAAAAUCCCCGUGAUGUGCAUGAGCUGAAUUCAGCAUUUGCCUCCAAGGUCUAUAUGCGAGGGAUCUGUUAAAACCUAUGGGAACAGAGGCUUAUGCGUUUGUUGGAAAUUCAUGUAUUUUUUAAUUUUAUCUACAAUGCUUUGUGAUAAUUUA